AGGGUCGAUAUCGCCACUGACUGACCAUAUCAGACACAUACGAUAUUAUCAGCUAAGCAGUCAUUAAUUUGGUACUGACUUUAUAACAGAUUCACCAGUGAAUGAUAAUCAUGUUUUCUUGUGUAAAUAUAUCUCUUCAUGGUAAAGCUAGUUACAGAAUUAAAAACAUAUAUUCCACUGCAAGUUAUUUUACUGCGCCGAGAUUAAAAAAGCGAAGGAUCAACUUGACAAAUAUUCGAGGAAACAUUUAUGUCUUCUCAAGAUGUGAUUUCAAAUCAUUUUCGAAGUACAAGUUUCCAUCUGAACGUCCGAUAAUAUUUACGAGAUUAACCGAAACUGUAAGCAAGUACAGAUAUACAGCCAGUGACAGAUUGAAAAUAUCUAUGCCAACUGCAAGUUAUUUAAAUAUUUCCAAGAUAGACGUUCGUGCGUUACAGAACAUUCCGGAACAUUUAAAAAGUUUGCAUACUUAUUUCAUAAAAAGUCCUGUCGAAUCCGAUAAAAAUGAAUGCAAUCGUAAGUUUCAUGAAAAUGAGGAAAGGAAGGAAUCAUCAAAAUCUUCCGAUGAUUUGUCUGCUACGCCAUCGACAGAGAAUAUUACAUGUAAGAAAUCUUCUAAGUCAUUUGAAGAUUCGUCUUAUGCGCCAUAUACAGAAUACUUUGCAGGAAAGACAUCUCCCGAAUCAUUUGGAGAUUCGUCUUCUGCACCAUAUGCAGAGGCCUUUACAGUAAAGACAUCUUCCAAAUCAUUUGAUGAUUUAUCUACUCUGCCGUAUACAGAUGACUUUACAGUAAAGACAUCAUCCAACUUAUUUGAAGAUUCGUCUCCUACGCCGGAUACAGAGGCCUUUGCAGGAAAGACAUCUUCCGAAUCAUUUGAAGAUCUGUCUUCUACGGCGUAUACAGAGGCCGUUGCCGGAAAGACAUCCUCCGAAUCAUUUGAUGAUUUAUCUUCUUUGCCAUAUACAGAGGAUUUUGCAGGAAAGACAUCGUCUAAAUCAUUUGUCAUGCUUGAUGAUUCGUCUUUUAUGCCAUUAACAGAGACCGUUGCCGGAAAGACAUCUUCCAAAUCGUUUGAUGAUAGUUCUGCCAUGAACUUUGCAGAAGCCUUAGCAGGUCGUAUUGCAUUUUCCGCCAUACUGGAGGGCUCUUCUUCGUUGAUUGCAACACUAAGUGAAGAGGGUAAAAAGAAAUCUGACAUCCGAAUGAUAUUGCUAAAAAUUCGUCAACAAACUGAAAAGGGACUAUCGAUUGGUAUGAAAGAUGGUAUGAUAUACGGAAUAUCAGCAGAAACAAUGCGUACUUUAUUCAAUAAAAUGUUGGAAGAUGAAUCUUAUGCAAAUCUGAUCGCAAAUACUACUGGUUCACUUACACUGGUUAUUGUGAAAUAUCUGGCCAUUUGUGAUGAAUUUGAAAAAGGAAAUGUAUCCAAAACAGAAAUGAACAGACGCAUUAUAAAGUUACUGACACUCUCUGGAAUAAAACUGUCUAUCAUAUCGACUGUUAACCCCAGCAUAGUUCCUAUGAUAGCAAUAUGUUUGAUAAUGAAGGUCGGUGAUCGUUUGUACGGCGAUGAGGUUAUGGAUAGUGUAUUUAAACAGUAUACUAUGUUUAUGAACAAUUGGGAUAGGAAAACAGUGGAUGAGUUUGUAGCAGACCUCCGUAAAAAAGAUGUGAAAUAUUUAAAUUGA